AUGGUUUUCUUCAGCAAAGUCUUUCCCCUCGCCCUGGUGGCUCUCUCUGUUAAUGGAGCAGAGAUCCUUUCCGCCCCGGCUGGUGCCGAAGUCAUUAAAAACUCCUAUAUUGUCGUGAUGAAGGAUGAUGUCUCGAGUCAGGAUUUUGAUUCUCACCGUGACUGGGUUGCCAACAUCCACCACGAACGCCUUGCUCGCCGUGGCUCCACCGACGUCGGCGGAAUGCGCUUCACCUAUAAGUUUGACGGUGCGUUGAAAGCUUAUGCUGGUAGCUUCGACAAAGAGACCAUUCAAGAAAUUGCAAAACGACCCAAUGUUGCAUACAUUGAACGUGAUCAGGUCGUAACAGCCUCGGCGGUCGUUACUCAGCGAAAUGCCCCAUGGGGACUUGGCCGUGUCUCCAACAGGCGCCCUGGCGUUAGCGACUACCGCUAUGAUGACAGCGCAGGUCAAGGCGUCACUGCCUAUAUCGUCGACACUGGUAUUGAUGUCAAUCACCCCGACUUCCGUGGCCGUGCUACUUGGGGUACCAAUACCGUUGAUAGCAUUAACCGGGACUGCAAUGGUCACGGCACUCACUGCGCUGGUACUGUUGCCGGCACCACAUAUGGCAUCGCCAAGAAUGCUAGGCUUGUUGCCGUCAAGGUCCUUGAUUGCAAUGGCAGUGGAAGCACCUCCGCCAUCAUGAGAGGUUUGGAAUGGGCUGUUCAGCACGCUCGCAGCAACGGCGGAGCUGGAAGAGCCGUUAUGAACAUGAGUUUGGGUGGAUCGUUUUCUCAAGCGUCUAAUGCUGCCGCCGCAGCGGUUGUCAGGGCUGGAAUAUUCCUUGCUGUCGCCGCUGGCAACUCCAACCGAGAUACUCGUGGCUUUUCUCCGGCCUCUGAACCCACUGUUUGCACAAUUGCUGCUUCUAAUAUCCGCGACCAGAAGGCUUCAUUCUCAAACUGGGGUAGCCUCAUUGAUGUCUACGCUCCUGGCCAGGAUGUCCUAUCCGCCAGACCAGGAGGUGGCACUGCCACCCUAUCUGGUACCUCCAUGGCCGCUCCUCACGUCGCUGGUCUUGGUGCUUAUCUCAUGGGUCUCGGCGCCACUGGCGGUGGCCCUCUCUGCGACCGCAUUAAGCAAUUGUCCUACGGUGCUAUCUCCAACCCUGGAACCAGUACGACUAACCGCAUUAUCUUCAACGGUGUCCAGUAG